ACGACGACCACUACCGCACCGUUACCCCCUCGACCACCACCCUAAAACGCUGUCGUUUGAAACAAGCUGGGGAGAUCCACUGUGACAUUCGAUUCGAUUCCACGCUUUCGUACAGUUCAAAAGGAUCAACCAGGGAAAAAAUGGUUGCUUCGCUUAUAGCUUCUGGUGCAUCUGCUGGAGCAGUGACAGAUCAAAGUGCACAAGAUCCAAUCGACAAAACUGCUGCAUCUAUUGCAGCCAACAGUGGGCAUAAGGGAUUGGCAGGAUAUCUUUCAGAGGCUCAUGUGAGGGGUUACCAGGUUAAGAAGCAUUACAAGUAUUGUUGGAACCCCUUUGUCUGUGCCACAGAAAAAAGAUCAAAGUGCCCUGGGAUGACUCUCAUGCCAAUGUCCAUGAACUUGAACAGUACUGGGGGUGCUAUAUCAGCAACAAAAACAUAUUAGGGAAGGGUGGUUUUGGAAAUGUCUACAAAGGUGUUCUCCAAGAUGGCACUCUUAUAGCUUCAAGAGGCUUAAAGAUGACAGAAGUGAUUUGUACUGGCCCAUCCUCUUCACGGAACCGUUUCUGAUAUAAUCAACUGAAUGCCCAACAACUAGUGAACCACAGAACUAGCAUGACAGAUUGGUACUUCGAUAUGAAAGCUUGGAAAAAGGUGGAGCAGCUAUUCAUUGUAGCCUAUAACAAAGCAGCAGCUAUUAUUGUUGCAAGAGCUGAUUAU